AUGGCUGUAGCUGACAUGGCGAGGAUCAUCAUUUCACUGACGUACUUCACUUGCUGCUCAGGACAGAGCCUAGAGAACACCAGUCGGGCGCUCUAUCUGGCUCAGUUUCCCUACGGCCUAGAGAACACCAGUCGGGCGCUUUAUCUGGCUCAGUUUCCCUACGGCCUAGAGAACACCAGUCCGGCGCUCUAUCUGGCUCAGUUUCCCUACGGCCUAGAGAACACCAGUCGGGCGCUCUAUCUGGCUCAGUUUCCCUACGGCCUAGAGAACACCAGUCGGGCGCUCUAUCUGGCUCAGUUUCCCUUCGGCCUAGAGAGCACCAGUCGGGCGCUCUAUCUGGCUCAGUUUCCCUACGGCCUAGAGAGCACCAGUCGGGCGCUCUAUCUGGCUCAGUUUCCCUACGGCCUAGAGAGCACCAGUCGGGCGCUCUAUCUGGCUCAGUUUCCCUACGGCCUAGAGAGCACCAGUCGGGCGCUCUAUCUGGCUCAGUUUCCCUUCGGCCUAGAGAACACCAGUCCGGCGCUCUAUCUGGCUCAGUUUCCCUUCGGCCUAGAGAACACCAGUCGGGCGCUCUAUCUGGCUCAGUUUCCCUACGGCCCAGAGAACACCAGUCGGGCGCUCUAUCUGGCUCUGUUUCCCUACGGCCCAGAGAACACCAGUCGGGCGCUCUAUCUGGCUCAGUUUCCCUACGGCCCAGAGAGCACCAGUCCGGCGCUCUAUCUGGCUCAGUUUCCCUUCGGCCCAGAGAGCACCAGUCGGGCGCUCUAUCUGGCUCAGUUUCCCUACGGCCAAGAGAGCACCAGUCGGGCGCUCUAUCUGGCUCAGUUUCCCUUCGGCCUAGAGAGCACCAGUCGGGCGCUCUAUCUGGCUCAGUUUCCCUACGGCCUAGAGAGCACCAGUCGGGCGCUCUAUCUGGCUCAGUUUCCCUACGGCCUAGAGAGCACCAGUCGGGCGCUCUAUCUUGCUCAGUUUCCCUACGGCCUAGAGAGCACCAGUCCGGCGCUCUAUCUGGCUCAGUUUCCCUUCGGCCUAGAGAACACCAGUCGGGCGCUCUAUCUGGCUCAGUUUCCCUACGGCCUAGAGAACACCAGUCGGGCGCUCUAUCUGGCUCAGUUUCCCUACGGCCUAGAGAACACCAGUCGGGCGCUCUAUCUGGCUCAGUUUCCCUACGGCCUAGAGAACACCAGUCGGGCGCUCUAUCUGGCUCAGUUUCCCUACGGCCUAGAGAACACCAGUCGGGCGCUCUAUCUGGCUCAGUUUCCCUUCGGCCUAGAGAACACCAGUCGGGCGCUCUACCUGGCUCAGUUUCCCUACGGCCUAGAGAACACCAGUCGGGCGCUCUACCUGGCUCAGUUUCCCUACGGCCUAGAGAACACCAGUCGGGCGCUCUACCUGGCUCAGUUUCCCUUCGGCCUAGAGAACACCAGUCGGGCGCUCUAUCUGGCUCAGUUUCCCUACGGCCUAGAGAACACCAGUCGGGCGCUCUAUCUGGCUCAGUUUCCCUACGGCCUAGAGAACACCAGUCGGGCGCUCUAUCUGGCUCACCUAGAGAACACCAAUCGGGCGCCCUGUCCGGCUCAGUUUCCCUACGGCCUAGAGAAGACCAAUGGGGCGCCCUGUCCGGCUCAAUUUCCCUACGGCCUAGAGAAUACCAAUCGGGCGCCCUGUCCGGCUCAGUUUCCCUACGGCCUAAAGAACACCAGUCAAACGCCCUGUCUGGCUCAGUUUCCCUACGACCUAGAGAACACCAGUCGGGCGCCCUAUCUGGCUCAGUUUCCCUACGACCUAGAGAACACCAGUCGGGCGCCCUAUCUGGCUCAGUUUCCCUACAGCCUAGAGAACACCAGUCGGGCGCUCUAUCUGGCUCAGUUUCCCUACGACCUAGAGAACACCAGUCGGGCGCCCUAUCUGGCUCAGUUUCCCUACAGCCUAGAGAACACCAGUCGGGCGCCCUAUCUGGCUCAGUUUCCCUACGACCUAGAGAACACCAGUCGGGCGCCCUAUCUGGCUCAGUUUCCCUACGACCUAGAGAACACCAGUCGGGCGUACUAUCUGGCUCAGUUUCCCUACGACCUAGAGAACACCAGUCGGGCGCCCUAUCUGGCUCAGUUUCCCUACAGCCUAGAGAACACCAGUCGGGCGCUCUAUCUGGCUCAGUUUCCCUACAGCCUAGAGAACACCAGUCGGGCGCCCUAUCUGGCUCAGUUUCCCUACGACCUAGAGAACACCAGUCGGGCGCCCUAUCUGGCUCAGUUUCCCUACGACCUAGAGAACACCAGUCGGGCGCCCUAUCUGGCUCAGUUUCCCUACGACCUAGAGAACACCAUUCGGGCGCCCUAUCUGGCUCAGUUUCCCUACGACCUAGAGAACACCAGUCGGGCGCCCUAUCUGGCUCAGUUUCCCUACGACCUAGAGAACACCAGUCGGGCGCCCUAUCUGGCUCAGUUUCCCUACGACCUAGAGAACACCAGUCGGGCGCCCUAUCUGGCUCAGUUUCCCUACGACCUAGAGAACACCAGUCGGGCGCCCUAUCUGGCUCAGUUUCCCUACGACCUAGAGAACACCAGUCGGGCGCCCUAUCUGGCUCAGUUUCCCUACGACCUAGAGAACACCAGUCGGGCGUACUAUCUGGCUCAGUUUCCCUACAGCCUAGAGAACACCAGUCGGGCGCUCUAUCGGGCUCAGUUUCCCUACGACCUAGAGAACACCAGUCGGGCGCUCUAUCUGGCUCAGUUUCCCUACGACCUAGAGAACACCAGUCGGGCGCUCUAUCUGGCUCAGUUUCCCUACGGCCUAGAGAACACCAGUCGGGCGUACUAUCUGGCUCAGUUUCCCUACAGCCUAGAGAACACCAGUCGGGCGUACUAUCUGGCUCAGUUUCCCUACAGCCUAGAGAACACCAGUCGGGCGUACUAUCUGGCUCAGUUUCCCUACAGCCUAGAGAACACCAGUCGGGCGCACUAUCUGGCUCAGUUUCCCUACGACCUAGAGAACACCAGUCGGGCGCACUAUCUGGCUCAGUUUCCCUACGGCCUAGAGAACACCAGUCGGGCGCACUAUCUGGCUCAGUUUCCCUACGGCCUAGAGAACACCAGUCGGGCGCUCUAUCUGGCUCAGUUUCCCUACGGCCUAGAGAACACCAGUCGGGCGCUCUAUCUGGCUCAGUUUCCCUACGGCCUAGAGAACACCAGUCGGGCGUCCUAUCUGGCUCAGUUUCCCUACGACCUAGAGAACACCAGUCGGGCGUCCUAUCUGGCUCAGUUUCCCUACGACCUAGAGAACACCAGUCGGGCGCCCUAUCUGGCUCAGUUUCCCUACAGCCUAGAGAACACCAGUCGGGCGCUCUAUCUGGCUCAGUUUCCCUACGACCUAGAGAACACCAGUCGGGCGCUCUAUCUGGCUCAGUUUCCCUACAGCCUAGAGAACACCAGUCGGGCGCCCUAUCUGGCUCAGUUUCCCUACAGCCUAGAGAACACCAGUCGGGCGCUCUAUCUGGCUCAGUUGGCAGAGCGUUCGCUUGGGGAGUUUUGA